AUGGCGGCUCUACUAACGAGGAGCAUCGCCGUCUUGGGGUUGGUGCUCUGCGCCACCACCGUCGCUGAAUCAUGUAAGUACAACACACGCCAGAGCUUUCAGAGUCAACAUUCCCGUGAUGUUUCACGACAUGUGGUUCCGUCGCAGCAUUGCGAGGUCCUCUUUCCAGGAGAAGGCCGCGUCGCCUUCCACCGCUCCGUCGAAGCCGCCGGUGCCGGCGCCCACGUCACGGUCAGCAGUCCCGCCCGUUCUGCCGACGCCUGCCAUGCCCUUGCCGCCCACUACGGCUCCGUCGUCCAACGCGCCCAUGCCGACGCGCACCCUUCCGUCGAAUGCGCCCGCUCUGGCGCCUAUGAUGGCCGUGCCCCCCGUGCAUGCGCCCUCCGGCGGUCCUGCAGCGGCGCCCUCUUCUGUCAGCUCCGGGCCAGCGCCCGUGCCGGCGUCGUCUCCCAUGGCCGCUGCUCGGGUUCUGCUCGUGCCGCCGACCGCAGCGCCGGCUCUUGCUCCGUGGAUGCCCGCUUCCGCACCGAGAUCCAGCGCGCCAUCGCCGAUGCCCACGCUUCCCACUACGCCAGCUCCCGUUUCGCAACCACCUGCAUCGGCACAACCCAAACCUGGUCCAGUGCUCCCGUUGCCGCCGACCCCAGCGCCCGCCGCCAUGCUGCCCGCUGCCAUCAGCUCUCCGUCUCCUGCGUCAACGCCGGCGACCUCCCCGACCGCCCCGCCGGCUGCUUCUGCCGCUAAUUCCGUCGCUCCCAUGGGAGCCAUGGUCGUUGGCGCGGCGCUUGCCGUUGCAGCGCUAUUUUAGGCCCCUCCGUUUUCAAGUUAGCUUAGCGGACUGGCUUUGUAGUUAGCCUUCUGUUAUAGCCAAGCGGAUUCAGUUUGUAGUUAGCCUUAUCACGGGAUACCAACUGAAGUACUAUUAGGUACCUUUUGUUAGGAUCGAUCCACUCUAGAAAUUUUUACUCCGGUUGUACUCUGCUACGUACGUGUGUUAGCCUCGGCUCUAUCUAUCUAUAGAAGAAAAGUGAACCCCCCGUUCACAAUCAUUCGUUA